AGUCUCUUUUGUCCCUUUUUUGCUGUCCAUCUCUUCGCUCCUUCGCUCCUUUUACUCCAUCCGCCAUCCUCCCUCGCCUUCAUCCCUUUUCGCUGCUUCAUCCCUCCUCCCUCAGCCUCCAGGUCGCCUGCAUCGCCCCGUCGUCUUUGUCUCGUUCUCAUCCUCACUACACACCCGAGCAGAAGAGCCAAGAACACUCAGCGGGUUCACUUUUGAAAAGGGACACUUUUACAAUAUACCCCAUACAACUUUUUUUUUCCCUCCUUCUCUCUUGUUGUUGUUGCUGUUGCUAUUACUGUUGUUGUAAAAAGAAUCCUUUUCAAAGCCAUGGCUACUUGUCCAAACUUCGACCUUGAGGAGACGGACCCCAGUCAGUUCUUCGACGGCCACAGUAUCACCUGGAAGCGCCAUUAUAUCGGCUGGGGCAUCGCCGGGUUCUGCGCGCUGGUAUCGACGCUCAUCUCCUUCCGUCUCCUGUACAAGCAUGCGCGCAACUACAACAAGCCUUCAGAGCAGCGCCAUAUCAUGCGAAUCGUGCUCAUGAUCCCUAUCUACUCGAUCAUUUCCUUCCUCUCCUACCGCUUCUACAAGCAAGCCAUCUACUACGAAACCAUUCGUGACUGUUACGAGGCCUUUGUGAUCCACUCCUUCUUUGUGCUCCUGCUGACCUACUUGGGCGACGACACGGCCGAACGCAGGGCACGCAUCACCGCAGGGCCUGAGCGCCGGAAACUGAUCUUCCCGCUCAAUUGCUUCUACUACAAGCCUCAUGGAGAGUUGUUCCUGCACUGGAUGAAGUAUGGAGUCCUGCAGUAUGUGGUUGUCAAGCCCGUGACGACCAUCGCCGCCGUCAUUCUGCAGUACAAGGAUCUUUAUUGCGAUACCACAUACAGCUUCCAAUUCGGCAAGGUCUAUAUCACCAUUGUCAACUUCAUUUCAGUCACAGUUGCGAUGUACUGCCUGGUGAUCUUCUACAUGACCAUCAAGACCGAGAUUGCGGACAAGAAGCCUUUCCUAAAGUUCCUUUGCGUUAAACUGGUCAUCUUUUUUUGUUUUUGGCAAACGUGCUUCCUGAGUCUUUUGGGUCAUUUUGGUGUGUUCGAGGCGACAGAAUACUGGUCCAUUAGCAAUAUUGAGAUCGGCAUAUCCGCCCUGUUGAUCUGUGUGGAAAUGGUGGCCUUUGCAAUUAUGCACGUCUUCUCCUUCUCCUACACUCCAUAUGUCAUCCCCAAUGUCAAGACCCCUGUCCGCAAAUCUCUUCGCGAUGGUUUCAACCCAGUUGAUAUGGUGACGGAGGUUGGAUGGGCUUGUAAGGACAUUGUGCUUAUCAUCAUGGGCCGACCUCUGCCAAUCCGAGACGGACACUUGAGCGGGGCUGUCAAACGUGCCAACACGGUCCGCACCAGGAACCGUGUUUUCAAAAGUCGCAAGUCAGGAGGAGGCUCAACAGCUAGCGAUAACGAUCCCUCUUUUAUGACCGCGGUCGACGAUGCCAGUCUGGAGGCCGGUGGCAAAUUUGUGAGUAGCGAAGCCGUGGAUCCAAACCAGCAGGCGCCGCUCCUGAGUAAUGUGGACGAUGCCCGCAUUAACAACCAUUACGGAAACUCGUACGAGAUGUCCGCAUCACCCCAACCAACGCCAUAUGCAACGCAGCAGGAGCAGCUGCAGCUGCAGCUACAGCAACAACAGCAACAACAACAGCACCAACAGAUGCUGCAGCAACAGCAACAGUUCCAGCAACAGCAAGCAUACGCAUCCAGGCCGGCUGAUGGAUACCAGUAUUAGACUCUUAGAUAGUGAAGCAGGCACCCAGCGUUGGCAAACUAAUUAUACUUUAUUUCAUU